GUCCUGUGCCCUUGGUCCUUUGAGAAUCGUCAACCAAGCACAUCUACGGACAGGAGUUAUCGGUUAUUGGCAACAAUGUCAUUCUCGUUCACGCCCCAACAACAACAGCAGUCGUUAUUUCAACCCCAACAACAACAGCAGCUGUCGCCGUUUCAACAGAGUGGCGGUAGUCCAUUCUUCCAAUCACAGCAACAGCAACAGCAAUUGCAGCAACAACAAUUGCAGCAACAACAGCAGCAGCAGCAGCAAUUGCAACAACAACAGCAGCAGCAACAGCAAAGUCAUUUUUUCCUGUUCACCAAUGAAAAGACUCCGGCUAGUUACGGCACUAAAUGGGCAGACCUCCAUCCGGAUUCUCAGAAGUUUCUCCUUCAAAUUGAGGAGAGGAUACUGGAGUAUAGAGAUGAAAGCCAAAGGUUAGAUCAGUGUGGCAGACUCUAUGAUUCUUCAGUCUCCAAUGAAGGAUUUGAGCUUGAUGCAAGUCACAUUGUCCAGGAACUUGGUGGAAUCAGUACUGCAAUGGAUAGACAGAAGGUUUUGCUGCAAGAGCUUACAGCUAAUGUUAAAGAUAUGCUACGAAACACAGAGAUUGCCGUUCGUUCUUUCAUGAUGCUUCGUUCCAAGUUUCUUCACCCAAAUAAAAGCUCUGCUAUGAACCCUGUAACAACAUCAGGAGCUACAUCGACUACAAGUACUCAACCCACAACUUCGGCCAUGGUGCCAGUUUACGAUUUCUAUAGCGGCCUGCCACGAAAACCUUCUCCAUUUUUGCAGCAAACAGUUGCCAGAUUUGAUAAGUAUCUUGGCGAGUGUCGCCAGUGGAUUGAGGAGUUGGAGCAGUUACUCCUGGAAUCCAACAAGAACGCUUUAAAUCCCAACUCAUCGUUGUUGCAGUCUCUUCCCAAAGUUAUGUCAAAUGUUCAUGACUUCUUUGUUUACGUGGCUGCAAAGGUGGAGAGCAUUCAUCAGUAUAUGGAGUCCAUGAAAACAGCAUACCUUGUGGACCAACGUGGCCGAGGAGAUGGGAAUGAUCCAUUUCUUGAGGCUGAUCGACGAGAAACUGCCAAAAAAGCAGCUGCCGCACGUAGGGUACAUCCAACCCUUCAUUUGCCUUCUAAUUCACAACCAUCAACUCAAGCUGGUGGCUUGCUUGCGAGCUCCGCAACACCUGCGGCAUUGGCUGCUCCACCUACAUCUGCCUCGGUCCCAGCAGGUUCAUCUGGGAGCGCUUCUGGACUUUUUAGCACUCCAUUUUCUGGCACAUCAUCAUCUUCAUUAUUCUCAACUCCUGCCGCUGCGGCUCCAUCAUUCUCUUUAUUUGGAUCAUCUGGUGCUUCUCCUCAGACAUCGAUAUUUGGCGCUUUAUCUAGUUCAACACCUUCCCUAGGUACUACUUCCUUGUUCAAUACAACCCCUGCUGCGGGAGCUUCAACAUUUUCAACGCCAUUUGCUACAAACCCUUCUACAGGGGCGUCAACGUUUUCAACACCAUUUGCUACAAACCCUUCAGCAGGAGCUUCAACAUUUUCAACACCAUUUGGUACAGGGGCUGCAACAGGAUCAGGGGCAAGCUUCAAUACUUUAUCUAAAGCAAGAGCUAAAAGUCGCACAGGAGGACGGAGGUAGAAAUUCAGCAGCAGGGGUUUGAAGGUUCAAUGAUGGGAGGUGACUUGUUUGUAUAAUUUUUAUUGGCUUCAAAUGCAACCCUAUAGGACAAUAUUGAUUAUUAGACUUGGUUUGUUUCCUUCAAUCUUGUUUCUGUUUAUUGAUUCUUAGAGCAAUUCGACCUGUAUUCUAGGAAGGGGGAAAAAUUCAAGAUUCAUAGUUUACUGUAACAAUGUAGUUGCUGGAAUGUGUCAUUAUGCCCAGUUUGGAAAGAGCUCAUGUGCAUCAUUACUGAUGAA